AUGGGUGUUCCAGUAAAUUCGGCACUACAUAGUUUCCGAAUUCCUUCCCAUCAGAUCGUAGUGAAUCGCACUGAACAGCCACCGCAAGAUGUCAUUAUUGUAGAAGACGAUGCCGAAAACGCUAUUGGAUCGCCGUCUACCGGUGACUCCGGGUCUGUCAUACGAGCGACAACUGUGAAUGGCGAUGAAGGAAUUAACGCCGGCCAAAGUGUUAGUGAUGGUGGCAUCGAUGCCGUUAACCUGAGUAACCACACCGUAAUCAGUGCACCGAUAAAGGUGAUGAUGCGAGUUGACUCCCUCCCUCCGAGUCCGGAACAUCCAGAUUUAGAGGCUGUUCGGGAAAUGAUGUGUCAAACUGUUACUGGCUCUCACUCAUCGGCCCUAUCGGAAGCUGUUUUUCAGUGGAAUACUUGUGAUCUGGAGACUCUUGUCCGCGUUUUCAUUGAAUUUUAUUCCGUGCACAGGGAUAAUCUGGAGCUUGGUGGCCGGAUUAAAGUCAGGAGAAAUGAUGCUUGUGAUUUGGGCGGACCCUACAAAGAACUGUUCACCGUCCUGUGGGAAGCAUUCCGCAGUUUUAAACUGGAUGAGCUCGGAUCAACCGUUUUCGAGGAAGCGGGUUGCAAAGUGUUAUUUACGGGUUCAGUUGUCAUGUCCGACGAAGGAAAAAACUUGUUGCGAUGUAUGGGAUUUGCUUUGCGUGAGGCGAUUCUUCGUUACGCACCAUCUCCAGUGUGGCUGAAUAAUUCGAUUUUUCGUGCACUGUUGGGCUUACCAGUAGAAUUGAAUGAUAUCCAAGAUUUCAAAAAGAGCGUCGGAGAGAUGAUAAGCCAUAUCCUUAUGGGCAGUGGAGAUAUUGUGAUCACUCAAGUACCUUUUCUCGUGGAUUGGUCUGAAUUAAACCCAUCGUUCAAUAUUUCCGGUAUGGCAAAGCUGGGAAGAGAAACAUUUUGUCGUUACCUGGCGCAAUAUGAACUGGUUGAAAAAAGAGCAGCAAAUGUCAAGUACGUUCUGGAAGGAAUGCUGUCUGGUAGCAUGGAACGGGAAAUACGCCGGCUGAUCCCUUAUUGGAAGGAUCUCGAAGAAUCAUUUUAUUGGGCUGUUACAUCAGCCCAUGAUCUGCUGAGCAAGAUUGAGCCACCAAAUUUUGGAUCUGGCAUCUGGAAAUUCAAUAAGGAAAUCGUCUUCGAAUGGUUUGAAAAUCUCGUUUCCAACGAUUUGUCCUGUGUUGAACGUCAACAUUUAUUGCGUUUCAUUACGGCUUCGAUUUGUGCCCCAAGAACACCGAUCCGUAUAGAGUUCAGCGCAGAACUGGAUGAAAAUUGGUUGCCGACAGCUUGCACAUGUUUUAACCGCCUUACAUUGCCGACCGGCUGUUCGUCUCAAGAAAAAUUACUAGCUGGUAUUCGCCAAUGUAUUGCAAGUGUUGCGGUCGUUUCUGUGGAACAAGGUUCUUUUCAGUUUAACUGA